AUGCAUGAAUGGAAAUCCCCCGAGAUACUGAAUGCUUACGGCCUCAUGCUUGCGUGUUGUGGAGGAAAGGCUGGAAGCAUGGCCACCGCCAUUUACUACUGCUGCUGUCUCAUGCAAGGGAGCAAGCCAUUUGUUAGGCCAAAGCAUCACGAUGGGCGCGAUCUCAUGUACAUCAUUGCCCUAUGA